AUGAGCGAGAGCGGCGGCGGCGGCGGCGGCGGCGGCGGACUGAUCCUGACAGCAGGGGAACACGCUUCUUUUCAUCCGGGGAAGAGGCAGACUGAAUCCUCUUUGCAGAUCGCUCCGCCGUCUGCAGGCAUUGUGCCGCCGUCCCUGGAGACGCCGCCCUCGGAGGACACGCCGCCGCCUGAGGAGACGGCGCUGUCAGAGGACAUACCGCCGUCGGAGGAGACGCCGCCGUCGGAGGACACGCCGCUGUCGCAGGACACGCCACCGUCGGAGGAGAUGCCGCCGUCAGAGGAGACGGCGCUGUCGGAGGACACGCCACCAUCGGAGGACACGCCGCCGUCAGAGGAGACGGCGCUGUCGGAGGACACGCCACCAUCGGAGGAGACGCCGCCGUCAGAGGAGACGGCGCUGUCGGAGGACACGCCACCAUCGGAGGACACGCCGCCGUCAGAGGAGACGGCGCUGUCGGAGGACACGCCACCAUCGGAGGACACGCCGCCGUCAGAGGAGACGCCGUUGUCGGAGGACACGCCACCGUCAGAGGAGACGCUGCCGUCGGAGGAGACGGCACUGUCGGAGGACACGCCACCGUCGGAGGACACGCCGCCGUCGGAGGACACGCCGCCGUCGGAGGACACACCGCCGUCGGAGGACACGCCGCCGUCAGAGGAGACGCCGUUGUCGGAGGACACGCCACCGUCAGAGGAGAAGCCACCGUCGGAGGAGAUGGAGCUGUCGGAGGACACGCCACCGUCGGAGGACAUGCCGCCGUCGGAGGACACGCCACCGUCGGAGGACACGCCACCGUCGGAGGACACGCCGCUGUCGGAGGACACGCCACCGUCGGAGGACAUGCCGCCGUCGGAGGACACGCCACCGUCGGAGGACACGCCGCUGUCGGAGGACACGCCGCCGUCGGAGGACACACCGCCGUCGGAGGAGACGGCGCUGUCGGAGGACACGCCACCGUCGGAGGAGACGGCGAGACACCGCCGUCUUCUCCUCGUUCUCUGA